UAUUUAACAGUCUGGAAUUGACGGCGAUUUCGAACGGUUGUGUACGCGCGUGUACCGGCCGCAUCACAGAAAUUUUGUUGUGUUUUUGCGGAAUAUCGAAAAACAAAAAAAAUUUCUAAUGUUUAUUAAAUGAGUGUCGCAUUGCUUGCAACAAUUACUCCUUAAGAGUGUGUGCAAAGUGAGAGUGUCUAUUUAAUCGUCAGCUGUAAAUUACGGUGAGUGUCGCGCAAAAAAAGGAAAUAAAUAAAUAAAAUAAAAAUAAAAAAUUUACGCGGCGACUGGCGGUUGGUAUUUUGUGGAAUAAAGAAAAGAGAAUUCACAAUUGUCGCCAACGGAGCCGCACAGUCAGACAACAACAAAUGGAACAUGUUGAUGCCGAUGCUGGAAUACAACAAACACAUUGCCAAAAUACCAAAUUGCAAAAUGAGGUCGCUUAGGGCGUGGAUGCAGCAAAUGCUGCUAUUGCUGCUGCUGCUCUUUGGCCGCUGCGAUGUCAUCCGGGCGCUGGACAAUGCAGCCGGCAACAGCAACAACAACAACGGCGGCGGCGGCAGCAUCGGUGGGUCCGGCUCUAUUGUGGGCGCGGUUGGCACAGCAUUAAGCGGACCACCAGGCGCACUGAACGCCAAUCUCACGGAUCUAGGCAGUCCCGGUGUGUAUAAUUCGACAAAUGGUUUAAUGCUAAUUACAUGUAGAGCAGCUGAGCCGUUUGGCUGUGAGCUCCCCAACCAAAUUUGAGGCGACGCCGCCGUUUUGGCCUGUUUCAUGAUGUGUGCGUAAUACAUUGAAUAUAUAUGUGUGUGUGUGUGUGUGAGCUGGUGUGUGUGUAUUUUCUUGUGCGCAUUUCCGGUUUCCGUUUCCGCCGUCCACUAUCCGGCUACCUUGGCAAAAAAAACUAUUAGCCACUUUUAGCUAAAUAACCACGCCCAGCCAGCACAACUCUUAUAUGCUUAACAGCUAUGCUCAACGCACAUACACACGCACACCCACACACACUCUAGCAAAACACUAAGCAUCAAUUAACCCAAUUUUCAGAAUCCAUUUUCACCUGACUCGGGCGCUGCUCUCUGAGCUUUAGCUUUUUCUCUAUAUACUUUUUCGAGCCACACUUCUUUAAUGUUUUCUUUUCUUUUAUUUUAUUUAUUUUUUUCUUUGUUCUUUUUCCAUGCGAUGCAGGAAUAGUGUAUUUAGCUUUUCUGUCCUUUUCCGAAAUAUUUUUUACGUUUUUUUCCCGGCUAACAAAUACUGUUUGACCGUGUAUAUCCUAGUUGAGAUAUGGUUUGCUUAUAAAGAAGUUUGAAAGGCUUUUAAGAGCUUAACAAGAAGUCUUCCAAUGCUUGAAUGUAUUACACAUAUAUAUACAAAAUUUGUACUGAGAGUAUAAAUAGUUAAUUUCUGCUACAAAAAAGUCCACAAAUCCUAUCUGAAAUUCCCAUCAAUUUUAGUCUAGUUCUAUUAAAGUCAUAAAUGACUGCGCUUAGCUAAGGGGUAUCUGCUGGUCGGUCAGCAUCGACUAUAGCGCAGACUUAUUCUACUGCACCACUACACCAAAUCCCAAGUGGCGACGUCGCCAUUCGCCGCUCGCCAAACUUUAAUCCCAGAAACACCAUCCAUACAUAGUAUAUAAUGUGGCUUAGCCUGGGUGCCCCUUGGCAGCUACUCUUGGUAUUUGUUUUCUUUUUUCUUUCCUUCUCUUUCGCAGGCGCUGACGUGUUUUGUUGUAGUUUGGUUUUGGUUUGGUCUGGAGGAUUGGAACGUUUUGGAACGCCUUCGUGAAAGCUACCAACGACAAUAAUAAUAAUAAUAAUUAAUCUAUUGACUUUAAUUUGCAGUUUACU